UUUAAUAGUAGUGGUAUUUUUUACAUUGUGAUCAAGAGUGUCGUAUUCAUAUAUAUGUUGUACAGUACGUUCAAAAACCUCUAAAGCAGCGAACGAAAUCUGAACACACGUGGUAAGCAUUGUGCGUGCUAGUUCAACUCUCAGGGUUUAUUUAUAAAUUGGAUCCAGUGUAUUUUCUUUUAAAUAAAUAUGACGAGUCUUUAUGUGCUCUACGAGCACGCGGCAGGUUAUUCGCUGUUCUCCGUAAAGGAGUUUGAGGAAGUUUCAAUGUUUUUACCUCAAGUUGAGUCUUCAGUGACUGAUAUUGGUAAAUUUAAUUCAAUCGUAAAACUGGCAGGCUUCGCACCCUUCAAAACUGCAAUAGCUGCUUUAGAAAAUAUUAAUGCCAUUUCGGAGGGCAUAGUUCCAGAGUCAUUGUUAGUGUUUUUGGACGAUUUCUUUUCCAAGCUUAAAAAGAAAAAAUGUACGCUUGGUAUUGCUGAUGCAAAGUUAGGCGCAGCCAUUACAGAGUCUGUUGGUGUGCAGUGCAGUCAUUUUGGUGUCGUUCCUGAAAUAAUACGUGGUAUACGGUUCCAUUUCCAUAAGCUGGUUAAAGGAUUUACUGAUAAAUCUGCGGGUGUUGCGCAGCUUGGUUUGGGC